UCCUCCUGAGGCGCCGGAGCUCCGGGCAUGGAGGAGUCCCGGAGCUGCCUCAACUUCCUUGCAAAGUAGCUGAGGCGGCGGCAGGAACCAUGCGUUCAGAAGUCCUGCUGGUGUCUGCACCUGGGAAGGUUAUCCUCCAUGGAGAACACGCCGUGGUCCAUGGCAAGGUAGCCCUAGCUGUGGCCUUGAAUUUGAGAACAUUCCUUCAGCUUCAGCCCCAGCACCAUGGAAAAGUGGCCCUCCACUUACCAAACAUCAGUUGCAAGAGGACCUGGGAUGUUGCCCAGCUCCAGCAGCUGGACACAAGCUUCUUGGAGCAAGGUGAUGCCUCAGCACCCACCCCAGAGCAAGUGGACAAGCUGAAGGAGGUGGCAGGCCUCGCGGAGGACUGUGCCGUCACGGAGCGCCUGGCUGUGCUGGCCUUCCUCUACCUGUACCUGUCCAUCUGCCAGAAGCAGAGGACCCUGCCAAGUCUGGACAUUGUGCUGUGGUCAGAGCUGCCCACAGGGGCAGGCCUGGGCUCCAGCGCCGCGUACUCAGUGUGUCUGGCCGCUGCCCUCCUGACUAUGUGUGAAGACAUCCCAGACCCUCGGAAGGACGGAGCCCCAAUGGGCAGGUGGGCCGAGGAGGAUCUGCAGCUCAUUAACAAGUGGGCCUUCCAGGGCGAAAGAGUGAUCCACGGGAAUCCCUCCGGGGUGGACAACGCCGUCAGCACGUGGGGAGGAGCACUGCGAUUCCAGCAAGGGAAGAUCUCAGCCUUGCAGAGGCCACCAGCUCUCCAGAUCCUGCUGACCAAUACCAAGGUCCCACGCAGCACCAAAGCCCUGGUGGCUGGCGUCAGAAGUCGACUGAUCAAGUUUCCAGAGAUCGUGGACCCACUGCUGACCUCCAUCAAUGCCAUCUCCCUGGAGUGUGAGCGUGUGCUGGGGGACUUGGUGGCAGCCCCAGCUCCGGAGCAGUACCUGCUGUUGGAAGAGCUCAUCGACAUGAACCAGCACCUUCUGAAUGCCCUCGGCGUGGGCCACGCCUCCCUGGACCAGCUCUGCCAAGUGACCAUGGCCCACGGGCUGCACAGCAAGCUCACGGGUGCGGGCGGUGGUGGUUGUGGCAUCACCCUCCUCAAACCAGAUCUGGAGCGGGCGGAGGUGGAAGCCACGAAGCAGGCCCUGACCGGCUGCGGGUUCGACUGCUGGGAGACCAGCAUCGGCGCCCCCGGAGUCUCCAUGCACUCCACCGCCUCCCUGGAUGGCCCCAUGCGACAAGCCCUGGGGGGCUUCUAAGACGAGCCUGGGGCACUGAGGCCUGGCUGAAAAAUUCCUUUCUGGACUAUU